UUAAACGCCUCACCCAGUGUCUCGUUAGCUCGCGGCGGCUACAGACUAACCGCCGUCAAUAUCAUCAAAAAAUAUAAGAAAAAGGACAGAGCGGGUUUAAACUUUACAGUGUGCAGAGCUGGACUGUGUCCGUGCCCGAAGGUUUGGUCAUUUUGGUCGCAGAUGAGGAAAAAGAAGAAGGUGGCUUUUAUACAACAUUAGCAUCAGUUAGCUUGACCGGCAUGUUUACGGCAGGUGUGUCCGCGGAGGAGCAGAAGGAGCUCGCGACGCGGCUCUGCGGCUUCCUGUCCCGGUACACACACCGACUCACCGACUCCUACAUCAUCGAGUUCUUCACUGAGGACCUGUGGCACACAUUGCCCAGCAGGUGGCAGCAGGCGCUACAGGACCUGUCCUACCCACAGAUCGCAGAUCUCUUACUGGACGCUACGCAUGGAGACAGGAGAUAUCCCACCAUGUGGCCGCUGUCACUGUUGGCUUUCCGUGCCACUGCUCACGCCCUGGCCUUUCCCAGGGACUGCAGGCAGGAGCGAGGAGGAGGAGGAGGAGGCGGCAGUGGCAGUGGCGGCUCACCAGUACCACAAGAGUUCCAGGAAAACCAGAGUCAGAGUUCACUGCUCGGCCACAUCUUCAGGAAACACGUCAAACCCAAGAAACAGCAUGAGAUCCGCAGGCUGGGCGCGCUGGUAAAACAACUGUGUGACCAGACGGACUGCAGCAGAGUGGUGGACGUCGGCUCUGGACAGGGUCACCUGACUCGCUUCCUCUCCUUUGGGCUGGGUCUGUCUGUGACCGCCAUGGAGGCGGAUCACACCCUGGUUGCCAUGGCGUCCAGGUUUGAUGGACAGUUGCUGUGGGCCCUGGAGAAGGAGAAGCAGAAAAAAAAUGGUGCGUCUCUGCUCCCAGGAUCACAAUCCUCUCCCCGCCAUGUGUCUGCUUGGGUAAACCCCAAGGCAUCAUGGGAGGCUUUCAUUAAGCAGCUGACUACACCGGAUUGUUCCAGCGAAGUUCCUCCUCUAUCUGGAUCCAGCAAAAAAAACCUGCGGGGCUCUGGGCGUCAUCGGGGUCGUUCCCACGAUGUACAGGCCUCUCCGCCUCACAGCUCCAAGGACUCUGAUGCUACAAGCAAAGUUGAGUCAGAGGAACGAUCAUCUACCUGCUGUCCGUCCAUCCCUGUCCAGCCUGUCUGUGAGCAGGUCAUUUGUCCUGACGACACUGCCCUGCAAGCCAACCAAGACUUUGUCCUGACCGGUCUCCAUGCCUGCGGCGAUCUCAGCGCCACCCUCCUCCGCCACUUUGUCAGCUGUCCGCAUGUUCGCGGUAUCACCUCUGUGGCGUGCUGCUACAUGAAAAUCACCACCAGAGAAAACCCCACCCCUCCAGGGCUGGUGGAAUCCCCUGCUCCCUUGACACUGUGUCAAGAAUCGGAUCCCUCCGAGUUUGGCUACCCGAUGAGCUCCUGGGUGCGGGGACUGUCAGGACACCAGCUGUCUUAUAAGGCACGGGAGGGGGCGUGUCACGCUGUGGAGGAUUAUGUGCGUAGGCUGCGGGAGGAGAGCGAGCUGCUGAGGACACACUGCUACCGGGCGAUGCUGGAGACUUUCAUCAGGGAUACGAGGCCAGAACUACGUCGAGCAGGAAUCCAGACGAUAAAGAAAGCUCACAUGUUACCCUUCACAGAGUACGCCCGCCUGGGUCUGGCCCGUGUUGGCCUCCCUCCAGACAUGGACCUGGACCCGGAGCGGGUGGAGACCAUGCUUAAGCAGCAGGUCAGGGUGGUGGUGUACUUCAGUCUGACCCUGCUGCUGGCUCCUGUGGUGGAGACACUGGUGCUGCUGGACAGGAUCAUCUACCUGCAGGAGAACGGUCUGGACAGUCGUCUAGUCGCUCUGUUCGACCCAGACUUCUCCCCCAGGAACUUUGUGCUGGUCGCUCUGAAGCCUCGAGAAUAAAGAGGUCGAGUCCUUCACUCUGAGAGUGGACACUCUGGACUCUCUGGAGUCUGAGAGUGGACGCUGUGGACUCUGAAUAGACACUCUGGAUUCUGAGACUCUGGCGUCUGAGAGCAGACGCUCUGGACUCUGAGUGGACACUCUGGACGCUCUAUGGCUUUACACUGGACUGGACUUUCCUCCUGCAUUAUGUCACUUUGAUCUAAACGUAUAAAUAUUGACAGUUGAUUUAAUAAUUAGUGUUUACAUCCAGAAUCACAGCUUCACUGUCGGCAGUUGAGGGGAAACUUAACUCACAAUGUUUUUCGGUGACCUUUUUAAACGGCAGAGGGUGCUGUUAUUUACAUGAACUGCUUUUAAAAUGACUCAAAAACGUUCAUUUUACUUUCUUUUUUUAAACGUGAAAAACCUCCACACGCUACUUUCAGAUUCUUUUGUCGGAAUUGUUUGCUCAGGUUUUCACAAAACACAACAGCUCUGCUGGACAACCUGAGAACUAUACUCUAGAGUGAUUUUAAAAUUUGAAUUAUCACUGACUAGAUGAGUUACACCGUGUGGUCAUUUUAAAUAAAAAAGUGCUUUAAUGCAACUUUGUGA